AUGGCACAUGCUCGUAUCUCAGGCAGCCUGCCCCCUCAUCUAGAGCCCACAAAAGCUCCCAUUGCGUUUGGGAAGAGGGCCCUGCCUAAGCUGAAUGAGGAGUUACGUUCUCCUGAGCUACUGACUCAGCAGCGGGCAUUGAUGGCGCUCUGCGAUCUGGUCCAUGACCCAGAAAACAUCUACCAGGCAGUAGAAAUAGGAUUCCUGGAUAACCUGAAGCCUUUGCUGCUACAUAAUGACAAUACUGUCCGACAAAAAACAACCGAAGUCCUUUACGUAAUGGCUAUGCAUAGUGUUGGCAGGCAAGGAUUGAUACGAAAUGGAGUGAUUUCUGCCCUUGCUGAGCUCUUGGAUGAUCCAGUAGACAUGUGUCGGAAGAACACACAUCACGUUUUUGAAAUGGUGGCAAAACUACCUGAAGGUAGGGAUUUUUUCAGUACAGUAUGCAAACAGGCAAAGCAGGCAUAUGCAUACCUCAUCACAGGUCAGGUGCCAGUGAUGACAACUGUCACAACUGUAAAACCAGUUUGA